CUCUACAGCAGCACCUCUGCUGUUAUCAUCUCCUGAUAUCAUCUCCUCUCACGUCUCUCCACUCUUGACAUGGCGUUCAGAUCUCAGAGUGCCUCUGGCAGGUCUCUCUCUGUGUCCAGCAGCCGUUCCCUGGCUCCCGUCUGCUUCUCUGGCUUUGGGAGUCAGUCGGUGAUGGCUGGAGGUCUGCAGAGCGGCGCCAGUUUGGGCUUUGGCUCCGGUGCUGGAUUUGGCUUCGGAUCAGGUGCCGGCUUGGGCUUUGGCUCUGGUGCUGGAUUGGGGUUCGGAUCCGGAUUUGGGUCUGGUCACGGCAUAGGUGGAGGUUCUCUCUCGACUAGUUUGAGGACGGUUGGAGGCACUCUCUCAAGCGCUGCAGGCGGAGGCUCCUUCGGGGCGAGUUUCAGAGCGGGUGGAGGCUGUUUCGCAGAAGCCAUGUCCAACAUCAUCAACGAGAAACAGCAGAUGCAGGUUCUGAACGACCGUCUCGCAACCUACCUGGAGAAGGUGAAGCGCCUGGAGACCACGAACUUCGAGCUCAACGAGAAGCUCCGCUCAUUCACCAUCAACAGAGUCCAGAGCAGCUUCAACCUGGAGCCCUACGAGAUCCAGAUAAAGCCACUGCGCGAGAAGCUUCUGCUUCUCAUGCAGGACCACACACGCAUCACUUUAGCCGUGGACAACGCUAAACUGGCCGCUGAUGAUUUCAGAAUGAAGUUCGAGACGGAGCUGGCCAUGCGUCAGUCUGUGGAGAGCGACAUCGCCGGUCUGAAGACCCUGAAGAGGGAGUACAGCUCCACCAACGCCAUCCUUCUGCAGGAGGUCACGGGUCUGGAGAAGGAGCGCGCCGCUCUCAAAGACGCACACCAUCAGGACAUGAAAGCCCUGCGCGGGGAGAUGAUGGGUACCGUGACGGUGGAUGUGAAGGAGAGCGAGAGCACGGAUCUGUCUCGAGUGCUGGCCGACAUCCGCGCCGAGUACGAGAUGGUCAUCGAGAAGAACCGCCGGCAGGCCGAGAGCUGGUACACCAAACAGGUGGAGAAGAAGCAGGCGGAGGUGGAGCUGUUCACUGAGACCACCGUCAGCGGAGGCUCUGAAAUCACUGAGAGCCACAAACAGAGCAUGACCCUGCAGACACAGCUGGACGCCGCACUGAUGGAGAAGGCGAAUCUGGAGCAGCGUCUGGUGGCGGUCCAGGCUCAGUAUCAGUCUCAGUUCUUCUCUCUAGCUCAGCUGGCCGGCAGUCUGGAGGGAGAGCUGACCUCGGUGCGUGAGAGCACUCUUCAGCAGAGCCGUGAUUACCAGCUGCUGCUCAGCACCAAGGUCCAGCUGGAGCGAGAGAUCAGCACAUACAAAGCUCUGCUGGAGGGAGCUGGAGAGUUCAGCAACCUCAGCGCGCUCAAGAAACCGGCCAAGAAGAUGGAGACCCUGAAGGUGGAGACCGAGAAGGUGGAGACAAAGAAGGUGGAGACCGAGAAGGUGGAGACAAAGAAGGUGGAGACCGAGAAGGUGGAGGUCCUGAAGGUGGAGACCGAGAAGGUGGAGGUCCUGAAGGUGGAGACAGAGAGGAUCGCUUUGACGUCAUCUGAUGAUCGUGGUGCAGGAGGCGGAGCCGAAGUUCCCGCCUCUGAAGCACAGUCAGGUGGUUCUGGUGCAAUUGAGGUGCCAGUGGGCGGAGGUACAGCGUAUGCUCUGAUGGCAUUGGAGGGAGUCUCAUCGGAUCCAGUGAUGCCAUCAAGUACUCUGCCAGCUGAGGCAUGAAGUCCACUGGAGGGAUGAGCGGGUCUUCAUGAUGGUGCUGAUGUCAUCAAAGCUCAACCAAUCAAACGCUUAUGUCGCUUUACAGUGUCAUGUGACCAGCAUCAAUAAACUCAAACCUUGAA